CGCCCCGCGCCGCGCCGGCGGAGCUGGGCGCGAUGGGCCCGGGCUGGCGGGCGGCAUCCAGCGCGCUGGUGGGCGGCAGCGUGGUCAUCUUCAGGGGGUUACGGCGGGCGGCCGUGGCCCUGCCCCGACCCGCCGCAGUUCGGAGCCGCCCCGGCCGCCUCUGGCGUUGGCAGAACCUCCUCGUUUCUUUUGCACACUCUGUACUGGCCGGGCUAUGGGCCCUCUUCAGCCUCUGGCACUCUCCGGAGCUGCUUUCCGACAUUCAGGACGGCUACAGCGUCUCAGGGCACCUGCUGGUCUGCUUCUCCUCAGGCUACUUCAUCCACGACAGCCUUGACAUUAUCUUCAACCAUCAGUCCCGUUCAUCUUGGGAGUACCUGGUGCACCAUGCCAUGGCUAUCUCUGCCUUCGUGUCGCUCAUCAUCACCGGCCGUUUCCUGGUGGCAGCGGUGCUGCUGCUGCUGGUGGAGGUGAGCAACAUCUUCCUCACCAUCCGCAUGCUGCUGAAGAUGAGCAACGUGCCUUCCCCGGCGCUCUACGAGGCCAACAAGUACGUCAACCUGGUGAUGUACUUCGCCUUCCGCCUGGCCCCCCAGGCUUACCUCACCUGGUACUUCCUGCGCUUCGUGGAGGUGCAGGGCCAGGGUGCCUUCCUCACCGCCAACCUCCUGCUGCUCGAUGCCAUGAUCCUCAUGUACUUCUCCCGCCUGCUCCGCUCCGAUUUCUUCCCCUCCCUGCGCAAGGGCUCUGCGGGGAGAGACGUGGAUGGGGAGAAGUUUCUGAUAGACUGAGACGUGUGUGCCCAGGGGGUCUCUGGGCUCCAGCUCCUGAAGGUUUUGGCCUCUCCAAACCUGCUCUGAUGUGCCUUAGGGGUCGUUCCCUGGCGCUGGGCCCUGCCUUCACCUGCUCUGCUGCCUAAAAGCGCUUCCCCAGCCUGACCAGCCCGACAGCCCUGUGGGGACGCUGCCGAAGCCAGGGCUAUGGCUGAUGCAGGAGCAGCCCAAGCUGGCUUCCACGUGGGCAGCUGGAGGGCCAGGGGUGGCUGUGUUUCACAGCUGAUGGCCUGAGAGGGUUGUGAGGGAAGGGCUGAGUCCCUCCGGUGCUGAUGUUGGGUGUUACGUGCAUUAAAAAUGGGUCUGUUCACUGCUGCCGCA